CUCGACUCCUACUCCUUGGAGUAUAGAACACGCGUUGACAUUUCCAAAUUUCAAGCAAGAAAAUACCCGUUAAACAACAAUUAUUGAGCUCGACUAGAAGAAAACUCCUGGAACCCUACCUAACCCUCGAUUACAACUUGCUUCUCUAAUCUCUCUGUAGAUUCAAAAAAUCCAUCUUUCCAUCUUAAAAGUUGACGAAUUAUCAAAUUUCCGCCAUCAAAUUACCUUCUCAAAUUCGAGGAAAGAGAAAACAAUUGCGCAAUUUAAACAAUUUCGACGAGACUCGAAAACUCGGAUCUCCGACAAAUUUGAAGGUAUAAUUUUUUAGUACUAAUUUUAAUAUCAGUCUUAUGCUUUGAAAUUUGUAUCUCAUACAUAUUUUAGCAAGAAUUCAGAAUUUAUUUGUUGUAAUUUUUUCAUUUGUAAGCUUAUAAUAAAAAAUAAAAAGUCAGAUUUUUAGGGAUUUUAGGGUUUUAGUGUUAUUAGAUACGCCACUGAAUUGUUAGAUGUGAUUUUACUUUCUACAAUUGGAAAAUCAGUAAAUGAUGCUGAUGAGCACAGUUUGAGGGCGAAGAAUUUCGCGCAGUAACGUUAUUUUUAGUAGCCGUUAUAUCUGUUAUCUGCUAUUAUUAUCAUGGAUUCUAGAUUGGGACCGAAUCAGGCACGUGAGUCGCCAACUGAGAGUGCCAGUUCACGUGAUACCUCGCCGACCGCUGACGGAAUCGUGGUGAAGAAGAGAGAGAAUGAGAGGAAUGAGAAUGAUUGUUUCGAGCAAUCGGUGGUUCGAAGGAUUUUUACGGGGGAAAAAGUUACUCUCCGUAGCAUAGCUGAGGAAAGAGUGGAUGUCAUUGCUGAGAAAAUGCAAAUUCUUCCAGACGAGUACUUUGACGAGUUGAAGAACGGUUUGCGUGUGGUUCUUGAGGGUAAUGGUGGCUCGCAACAGCGGGAGGAGUUCUUGGGGUUACAGAAGCUUGUUCAGAAUAGGUCGGACUUGGUGCCAAAGACUUUGGUUCGAGCUCACCGAGUGCAGCUAGAAGUUCUUGUUGCUAUGAAGAUGGGAAUUCAGGCAUUUUUACAUCCUAAUGUAUGUCUUUCUCAGACUUCUCUGAUUGAGAUUUUUACGUAUAAGAGAUGCAGAAACAUUGCUUGCCAAAGCCAGCUUCCGGUAGAUGAGUGUACCUGUGAAGUGUGCACCAAUAAGAGUGGUUUUUGUAAUAUAUGUAUGUGUGUAAUAUGUACUAAGUUCGAUUUUGAGGUGAACACGUGCCGAUGGAUUGGUUGUGACUUAUGCUCCCACUGGACACAUACUGAUUGUGCUAUUCGGGAUGGGUUAAUUUGUAUGGGUAAUUCUGCCAGGGUUGCCACAGGACAGGCUGAGAUGCUGUUUAGGUGUAGGGCUUGCAAUAGGACCUCUGAACUUUUGGGUUGGGUGAAAGAUGUGUUCCAACAUUGUGCACCCUCUUGGAAUCGGACAGCUCUUUUGACAGAACUUGACAUAGUUGGCCGUAUUUUCCGUGGAAGUGAAGAUGUUAAAGGUAGGAAGCUGUUUUGGAAGUGCGAGGAGCUUAUAGAGAAGAUGAAGAGUGGACUAGCUGAAACAACAGCUUGCAGAGCAAUCCUGAUGUUCUUCCAAGAGCUCGAGACGGACCCAUCGAGAAAUGGAGGAAUAGGGGAAGGUGGAAGACUAUUAGCACCUCAGGAGGCCUGCAAACAAAUUGCAGAAGUUGUUCAGGAAGCUAUAAGGAAAAUGGAAAUGGUGGCGGAUGAAAAGCUGAGGAUGUUGAAGAAAGCCCGCCUGACUCUUGAGACUUGUGAUCGUGAGCUUGAAGACAAAGCUAGGGAAGCGGCAGAAUUGAAGCUUGAGAGACAGCGAAGGAAGCAGCAGAUAGAUGAGCUUGAGAGCAUUGUAAAACUUAAACAGGCAGAAGCAGACAUGUUCCAGCUUAAAGCUGAUGAGACUAGACGGGAAGCUGAGAUGCUCCAGAAAAUUGCUCUGGCCAAAUCUGAGAAAUCAGAAGAAGACUAUCGCAAUAGAUACCUAAAACUUAAGCUGAGUGAAGCAGAGGCAGAAAAGCAAUAUUUGUUCCAGAAAAUGAAGGUUCAGGAGAGUUCUCGUGCUCUGCAUGCCAAUGAUGGGAAUGAUUCUUCACAGAUGUUCUCUAACGCGCUAAAAAAUGUAUACAAUGUUUCUUCCGGUGCUGAUUGCCAGACUAGUGAGAGAAAUUCUGGAAGAAAGAAUUAAUGAAAGAUGAAAUUUUACCCUCUUAUGCUGGAACACAACCGAUGUGGCUCCCAGGUCUUGUGAAGGUCCAUUUGCAGGUACUGGUUCAGUAACUAAUGCUUGUAUUCAACUUUCAGGUGUACUAAAGUAGGAAAAGGUGAAUGUACAAGAUCUUAUUUAUGUUGUAAUUUUAUUUCGUAGUCGAUUUAUGUGUUUCUUUUCGGCAUGACAUGUAUUUGCAGAACUGUAAUUGACGAGUUGGUUUCACAAUAUAUAGAUGUGAUGCGUUGUAGUGUUGUACUAGUA